UAACAGUCUGUGUGCUGGAUUCUGGUAUCCUGUCGGGAUGACUCUGGUGAAGUUCAUAGCAAUUAAUAUCCUCGCCAAUUGAAGUUUUGACUUCAGGAGACUUGUAGAUCUUCCAAAAAUGGCACUUGCUUCUACUGAAAAAGUGAUUCUCGGGUCAAUUGCCUUUGCGAUAUUCUGGGUGUUGGCCGUUUUCCCAUCCGUGCCAUUCCUACCUGUAGGAAGAACUGCAGGGUCACUCCUUGGAGCGAUGCUUAUGGUGAUUUUUCGGGUCAUAACCCCAGAUCAAGCUUACGCUGCGAUUGACCUCCCAAUCCUCGGCCUUCUCUUUGGGAUGAUGGUGGUUAGCGCCUAUCUGGAAAAGGCCGAUAUGUUCAAGCAUCUCGGUAAGUUGCUCUCCUGGAAAAGCAAAGGAGCACGAGACUUGCUUUGUCGGAUUUGCUUGAUCUCUGCCAUUUCGAGUGCUCUCUUCACAAAUGAUACGUCUUGUAUUGUUCUGACUGAGUUCGUGCUCAAGAUUGCCAGGCAACACAAUCUCCCGCCGCAUCCAUUUUUACUUGCCCUCGCCUCAAGUGCCAAUAUUGGGUCUUCGGCGACUCCCAUUGGGAAUCCUCAAAAUUUAGUCAUAGCUGUUCGGAGUAAGAUCUCAUUUGGGAGUUUUCUUGUCGGACUUCUUCCUGCAAUGCUGAUCGGGAUUCUUGUCAAUGCGCUGAUUCUUCUAUGCAUGUACUGGAAGCUACUGUCCAUUCAAAAGGAUGAAGUAGUUGCAGCUGUUGGAGUAGUGGCCGAGGAAGAUGUGAGUUCUCAUCGGUUUUCGCCCGCCACAAUGUUGCACGUCACAUCCCUAGACUCGCAAGAACGGAACUCCAGGUUCGAGCCAAUGGACAUACAGAGCCCUCCUGCAACCGUGAAUGCAAAUCAUGUCAAGUCGCUUAGAAACCAGUUUACUUCAAAUGAGAAUGAAAUUCAUCAGGUCUCGAGCAGUGCGCCUCCGUCAGCGAGGAACUCAAUCGCAUCGAAAGAGACACUUCCUGAUGGCACUUCUCAGGAAAUGGAUGAAACGGUUCCUUCCAAGGUAGUCAUAUCCGUCACCGGGAUGAAAGAUGUGUUUCCAGUGAAGUGUUCGGACGGGAAGGAAACGCUUGCCUCUAGAUAUAAGAGGAUUUUGUGGAAACCGUGUGUUUAUCUUGUCACCGUCGGUAUGCUCAUCUCUUUGUUGAUGGGUCUGAGUAUGUCUUGGACAGCUAUUACCGCCGCCCUGGCCCUCAUAGUUCUUGAUUUUAAAGAUGCUCGGCCUUGCCUGGAGAAGGUCUCCUACUCUCUGUUGAUAUUCUUCUGCGGAAUGUUCAUCACGGUCGACGGGUUCAACAGAACUGGAAUUCCGAGCACCCUCUGGGACUGGAUGGAGCCACAUGCCAAAGUCAAUCGCGCUAGCGGGAUAGCUGUUCUUGCUGUUGUCAUUUUGGUUUUGUCGAAUGUCGCUUCGAAUGUGCCAACUGUUCUCUUGCUCGGAGGCCCAGUGGCUGUGUCGGCGGCUGCUAUUUCGGCAGCAGAAGAGAAGAAGUCGUGGCUCAUAUUAGCUUGGGUGAGCACCGUCGCGGGGAAUCUCUCGCUGCUCGGAUCAGCGGCCAACUUGAUCGUGUGCGAACAGGCUCGCCGCGCCCCGGAUCUCGGCUACACUCUGUCCUUCUGGAACCAUUUGAAGUUUGGAGUCCCUUCCACCAUUAUUGUGACUGCUAUAGGUCUGGCACUCGUAAGAUGACAAGAAGUAACUAAUAGCAGCUCUAGUGAAUGCCCACUAGUUAUUUUAAUCAAGACAAUCUCCCGCUGGUUUUGCUAUAAGAUUCCCAUCCAAUCUCUUGUUCCGGAGAUGAGGGA